GAUCUUGAAAGACUACAGCCGCGUCCACUGCCGCAAGCACCCCCAGCAGUCCUCUGUCACCACCGUUGUCAAGUCACACCACUGGGGCGUUCGCUAUGCCCCUGCGCCCAGCGAUAUUAUCUGGGAGAAUUUAUCAGUCCGUGGUACGUCCUGGUGGGUGCGAUUCAUCUUCCUUAAUAUCUGCCUCUUCGUCCUUCUCUUCUUCCUCACCACACCAGCCAUCAUCGUUAACACUAUGGACAUGUUCAACGUCACACACCCUGUGGAGAGCCUCAAGAACCCCAUCAUCACCCAGUUCUUCCCCACGCUGCUGCUCUGGGCCUUCUCUGUCUUCCUACCCUUCCUCGUCUACUACUCGGCGUUCUUCGAGUCACACUGGACGAGGUCGAGUGAAAAUCAGCUCACCAUGCACAAGUGCUUCUUCUUCUUGGUGUUCAUGGUCAUCAUCCUGCCCUCACUGGGGCUGAGCAGCCUGGACCUUUUUUUCCGCUGGCUCUUUGACACCCACUUUCUGGACGAGGCCAAUAUCAAGUUCCAGUGCGUUUUCCUCCCGGACAACGGCGCCUUCUUCGUCAACUACGUGGUCACCUCCAGCCUGAUCGGGACAGCCAUGGAGCUGCUGCGCAUCCCCGGCCUCCUGGUCUACACUGCCCGUCUCUGCUUUGCCAAGUCCGAGCCCGAGCGGCUCCACGUCAAGCGGAGCCAAGCCUACCAGUUCCAGUUUGGACUGGAGUAUGCCUGGACCUGCUGCAUCUUCUCUGUCGUCAUGACCUACAGCAUCACCUGCCCCAUCAUCGUCCCCUUUGGGUUGCUCUACAUGCUGCUCAAGCACAUGGUUGACCGAUACAACAUUUACUAUGUGUACAUCCCCACCAAGCUGAACCAGCGCCUCCACGUUGCCGCCAUCAGCCAGGUCGUGGUGGCCCCCAUCCUCUGCAUGUUCUGGCUGCUCUUCUUCUCCGUCCUGCGCCUUGGUCCCACCCGCCCUGUCACGCUCUUCACCUUCGUGGUCCUCCUCUCCUGCAUCAUCUUCUCUGUCUUUGGCCUCUGCCUGAAGAAGCUGCAGCCACAGAAAGCCUCCAGCUACCAGAUGUCUGACCAGUCUGAGGGCACCUUCAACGAUGUGGAGCGGAGCAGCGUUUCCUCUACCCCCAACUCCAGUCUCUUCGUGGCCACAGUCCUGCAGGAGCCCGAGCUGAGCCUGACGCCAGCGGCCUCCCCAGCGCACCAGUCCUACGGCACCAUGGGCAACCACCUGGAGCCGGCGGAGGACGGAGAGGACGGGGGGCUGCAGAGCUUCGAGACAGAGCUGGAGACAGUGGAGGGAGAGUACAGGAGCGGCCCUGUGCUGGAGAGCCAGGCCCGCUACUGGCCACAGUCCUGCAGGAGCCCGAGCUGA